GCCUGAGCGGGACUUCCUUCGGGGAUCCCGCUGGCGAAAGCAGCCUAGGAGUGGAGGGUGACACGUAUGUGCGGGGCUGGAAGGUGGCCAAGGCAAGGCAGGGGAAGGGAAGUUCUUGCCCCCAUCAGCGGAGGAGCAUCAGCCGCCGGAAGAAAGUAACUUUAGCUCCCCGAGGGAGGGCGAAGGGAAAGGGAUCCCCGGGGAGAUCUUGCAAAGGAAAACUUCGCUUGGGAGAAACGGAUCUUGGAGGCAAAGACGGGCAGAAGCAAGGGAACGUUGGGGGAUCAGAUCCUGCCCGUUCCUUCGAACUGUUCCUGCAGUUAGAGAAAGUACGAACCGAUCUGGGGGGAAGCAGAUCCGGAGAGAUCUUUGCAGGAUAACCUUGGGGAUCGCCCCCUUAGAGUCUCAAAGAACUUCGCUCGCAAGGGCAGAGGUGCCUGGAGAUGCCCGGCUUCUUCUGAGCUGCCUCCGCGCUCCCAAGGCUUCCCCCUCCGCGUACGCGCAAAGGGAGCGUUGGCUUCGUGGAGAGGGCAGGGGGCCUAGGGAGUGGAGCCGCUCUUGACCCUCCCCGGGGGCCCGAAAGGCUGCCUGCUCCUCGGGAUCCCUUGAAGUCUCAGCCCUCCAGGUCGGCCUGCCUGCUGCGUGACCUCAGGUGCCUGGCAAAACUUGGCUCAGGUGGGUUAAAGUUGGCGCCAGGGUCUAUGGGUCCAGCUCUCCUCCGAGGCCCCUCCGCCGCCUGGGCCGUUGCCCCUGAUGCUGCUUCGUGCUCCGGCUGCUGUCUGAGGAUAGAGGAGCCUUGAGGUGGACGGGCCCCUGGAUCCGCAGAGGAAGGGACUAUGGGCAACGGGAUGUGUUCCCGAAAGCAGAAGCGGAUCCUGCAGUCCCUCUUGCUCCUCAUCGUGGUCUUCGGCUUCAUCUACGGGGCGAUGCUCUACUACGAGCUGCAGAGCCAGCUGAGGAAGGCGGAGGCUGUGGCCCUCAAAUACCAGCAGCACCAGGAGUCUCUAUCAGCUCAGUUACAAGUUGUAUAUGAGCACCGGUCAAGAUUAGAAAAAUCUUUGCAGAAAGAAAGGCUUGAACAUAAGAAAGCAAAAGAAGACUUUCUUGUUUAUAAAUUAGAAGCACAAGAAACACUAAAUAAAGGAAGGCAAGAUUCCAAUAGCAGAUAUGGAGCACUGAAUGUGCAACACCAGAUGUUGAAGAGCCAGCAUGAAGAACUGAGGAAGCAGCACGCAGACCUGGAAGAGGAGCACAGGAGGCAGGGAGAUGACUUCAACAGAGUGGUCAACGAUCACAAGGAAAAAUAUAUGGAGUUACAGCAAGAGAAAGAGCAGGAGCUCUCCAAGCUGAAAGAAUCCAUGUAUAAUCUGCGAGAAGAGAACAGGCAGCUGAGGAAAGCCCACCAAGAUAUUCAUACUCAGCUACAAGAUGUGAAGCUGCAGCAUAAGAGUUUAAUCUCUCAACAUGACCAGCUUGUAGUGACGCUGGAAGAACACAAGAGUGCGCUAGAAGCUGCGCAGUCCCAGGUGGAGGAAUACAGACAGCUGAAGGACACGCUCAAAAAGAUGCCUAGCUUCCAGAAGCCAGAAAAUUUUGAGCAUCAACAUGUCCUGCCGGUGACAUCAGCGCCUUCCCCUCUAGGGGACGCCAAAGCACAUGGCCCUGACAUGGCAGAAGAGCAGAAGGAGAUUACGCUAAAUGGUAAUCAGCCACUGGGGGGAGAAGAAGCCAACAGAGGAAUCCACUUGGAAGGAAGAGAAGGCAGAGCGGAGCCGUUUCAUCCUGAAAGAAAAGCCAAUGAAGGUCACCCGCCGCGGGAGCUCAAUAUUCAGCAGAAGCAAGAGGCAGGGGAAGACGAGGAGCAACGUGUGGAACAGGUUGCAGAGGAGCACAAGAAGGAACUUGAGGAGGAAGAGAUGGAGCAAGCUGGGCAGCCUGAACGCUUGACAGAGGAUCUUGACCAAGGCAACUUGGAGCAUGAAUGGAAGGAGAAAGGGCAGGCUGACGAGGAAGAAGCCAACACCCUGGGCGAACACCAUCAUUCGGAGGAACCACCGAAGGUGAAGACGAUAACCCGAUACAAAUCUGCCUACGAGGAGCAGCUGGAACAACAGCGGCUGGCCGUCCAGCGAGCGGAGGAGGCCAAUCGCCUCAGAGAACACCAGGAGUCUCUGCACCAGGGGAGACUACAAGAGCAGUUGCUACGGCAGCAGCAGCUUCAGGAGCGAGAGCUGACACUGCGCAGGCAGGCAGAGCAGGGCGAAGAGCAAUUUAAACACCGCCUAAGCCACCAAUCCCAUUACGACAACCUGGAUCAGGAUAUUGUGCAAGGAGAAGAACAAGGUGCCCAGGAAGAAGAAGAAAAUUACGAUCGGCAGAACCAGCACCCAGAUGAAGCGGAGGAAGAAGACCACAAUAAUGCAAAUGGACAACAGGAUCAUGAACUGGACCACCGAGCAGAGAGCGAGCAGAAUGAAGAACCGAAGACAGCCGGGGAUGAUGUCAACCCAGCUGAUGACCCCAACAAUCAAGGGGAAGAUGAGUUUGAGGAAGCAGAGCAGGAGAGGGAAGAGAACCUGCCUGACGAGAAUAAGCAACUGAAGCCGAAUAACCCAAAACAAGGGAACCCUGAAAUGGAGGAACAUUUAGUGAUGGUGGGUAACCCUGAUCAGCAAGAAGACAAUGUGGAUGAGCAGUACCAGGAAGAGGGAGAAGAAGAGGCCCAGGGAGAUCUGACCGAGGAGAAGAAGAGGGAUCACAACGGCGAGGAGCCAUACGGCGAAAAUGAUGAAAAUGCUGAAGAAAAAAUGAGUGAAGGUGCAGAGCAAGAGCAAGAAGUCCAAGAGGAAAAUAAUCAUAAAGAAGGCCGUGAUGAGAACUAUGAGGAAGAAGAGGAGGAAGAGGAAGAAGAGGAAGGUGGCGCUGUGGCAGCAAAGGCUCAUAGACGAGGGGAAAUGUGAUUCUUGGUUGAGCUGCAAAAUGGCAUCUGCUUGGAAAAAAAGAAGAAAAUUUUUAGUUGCUAGAGAAGGCCUUUUUAUAUGUAUACAUAAUUUAAAAUUUUUCUCUUAGAAGUCUUUGUGGUUUUAUACAAAUGCAAUAUUUUAGGUUAGCAUUCCUUUUGUACAAGAUUUUAAGUGACAAAAACAAAUAGGUGAGGUGGCAACCCCCUUAUUUUUCCUCUUUAUUUUUAUACUAUUUCUUUUCUAGAAGUUUGAGGAUCAGUUUCAACUUAAAUCUGUUUGGCAUUGUCCAAACCAUGACCAGACUUUAGCUUUCAGGUGUAUUUCUGGGGGUUAGGGGGGACCAAACAUUAGUGCCUAAUCUCUUGGAGUUUGAGAAACGGCUGGCUGCAGGGUUGCACCCAUAUCUCUGUGAGAUGCUGGAUUUUACAUCCAGCUCUCCAUAGGACAGCACAUUCGAGCACCUCUGUGUAUUCAUUUUGAUCUGAAUGAAUUUGGCCAGCACAGUAUCUGCAGCAUCUAAGUGAACAUCACUUGGCAGUUGUGAGUGUGCCAAAAAUGGCAGCAUUUGAAUCCCUUUGCAUGUGACACUCAUACACACUGGGUGGGACAAAUGUUGUGGGUCUAUCACACCCUCUUGUUGCUCUGCCUCCUAGAGAGGUGUAAUGGAUUGGAUUAGCUCAAUGCAGACAUUUGGUCUUACCCAUAUAUAUGCAGUACCUAACUCACACAAGUGUGUCACCGCAGGCCAUAAAGUAUAGAUGGAUCAAAGGGUUUCUUCUUACCGCUUCAAAUAUUA